UAUGGCAAGUUGUAAAUCGGUUUAUUUGAUGAAAUUGCUCUCUCUUGUUCUUCUGGGCGUGUAUCCUUAUGGUUGAAAUGCACUUAUUGUAAGUUGCUUUGGAUUAAAUCGUCAGUUUAAUGACGUGUAAUAUAAAAACACACCCAUGCUUUUGUCAGCAUGGACACCUAAUGAUGCCUAUUAAGCCCUGUGAGUAAUACAUGGAUUAUACCACUCCUUGUUUCUUGCCCUAACCAAAAUGUACACACACAGAAGGAUUGUUUAAAACAGAAACUAGGGAUUUCCUUUCAAAACUUCCCAUGCAUUGUAUGUGAUAAGCACCGGUUGGGUAACAGUAGAUAAUUCCUUGGUCUAACUUGUGCGCUGAUACGACUACAUGGACGAACAGGGAAGUUGGAGUUCCCGUGGCCACGCCUCCUGAGGCGGGCUCCUACAUAAGGCAGCUGCACAGUUCUCAACGGCAUGUGCGUUCAGAGAUAUGGCGCAAACAGGUAACAUUGUUUCAAGGCAGCAGUGGGGAGCAGCUGCCCCUAAAAAAAAGGAGACCAUGAAAGGCUCUGCCCAGAGGGUGGUCAUCCACCACACCGCCCUCCCAGGAUGUAAAGACCAGAGGGAGUGCAUGAAGCGUCUUGUCAGCAUUCAGAGAAACCAUAUGACGGAAAGAGGCUUCGAUGACAUCGGAUAUAAUUUUCUUGUCGGAGGCGACGGUGCAGUGUACGAGGGCCGCGGUUGGGGCGUGGUGGGGGCGCACGCCAAAGGCAACAAUCAUGACUCCCUGGGGAUUGCCUUCAUGGGCAAUUUCAAAGAGGACACGCCAAGCCCAGAGGCCAUGUCGUCCGUGAAGCGUCUGCUGGAGUCUGGAGUUCAUCGGGGCCUUUUGCGCCCACAGUUUUCCGUGUUUGGUCACAGAGACCUGGGACAGACCGAAUGUCCAGGAGCCAAACUGUAUGCAGCACUGCCACAGCUGAGGGAGUAGCGCACGGCGCUCACUGCACAUCAUGGCGGGUUGGAUGGAAGCGUUUGUUCAAACAAACCUUCACCGGCUCAGUUUCCAACCCAGGAUUUGGAAUAAAUAAAGUUGACGAUGGUGAA